AAAACACUCAAUGAGCCUCUCCUCUAACACCUAUAUAGUAAAACCCGAGGUUGUCGAAUCAAUCUCCAACUUGCUCUUUCUCUCUCUCUCUCUCUCCCUGUGCUAGGGUUUCAUAUUCGCUCUUCAAUUCUAGGUUUUUUAGAUUCAAAUUCUCUCUCUCUCUCUCAAAAUUGGUUUCAAUUCUUUGCUUCAGUGAUUUUCUAGGGUUUCGAUUCUUUUUCAAUUUUGCUCAAUUCGUUGAGUUUUAUUCGAGCUAAAUUAAAAUUAGGGUUUUUUUUUUUUUUUUUUUUUUUUUUGGUUUUUGGUCAAAUUUUCAAUUUUCCCAAUUUUUUUUUGUGAAAGUUUGAGUCUUUUUGUUGGUGAAACAAUGCCUCCACGGACUGUGAAGAGGGGUGCGGGAUUGGCGGGGCCGAAGAGGACGACGAGAGGCACAAGAGGAGCCCAGAAGGCUCAGGAUCCGCCACCGGAAGAGGUGGCUGUUCUUGUUGCGGCGCCGCCGAAAAGAAGCCGGAAUUCUUCUGAUAUCGCUGGAAAGCGUGACUUGUUCGAUUCCUUGCCGGACGAUCUCAUCAUUUCCAUUCUCCGCAAACUAAGCUCCUCCGCCACUUACCCCUCCGAUUUCGCCAAUGUUCUCCUCACGUGCAGGAGGUUAAACGGUUUAGGACUCAAUUUCUUAGUACAGAUUCGUCAAAGAAUCGUCGACAAGAUAAUGGAAACUUUGAAGAGGCAUCUCCCUGUUUCUGGCCAAGAGGCAUUACAUGAACUCAGGAAAAUUGCUAUAAGGUUUGAGGAAAAGAUUUGUACUGCUGUCACAAGCCAGUCAGAUUAUCUACGAAAAAUAUCUCUGAAAAUGCUUACAAUGGAACCUAAGUCUCAGAAUCCUAUAGGCAAUGCUUUGCCAUACUUCGUGUCUGUUUUUGUUCUUUCAUAUGCAAUAGGGAUGAGUAUGCAGCCCCAAGUUCAUAAUCCAGGGCAAUCACUUCCUAUUCCAUUAUCAGCUAAUCAGUCUCGCCAACAGAUGUUAUCUCAAAACAUUCAGAAUAACAUUCCAUCUGCUGGAGUUCAAAGCACUGCCAGUUUGCCAUCUGCACUGCCUCCUGUCUCUGGUUUAAGUCAGAAUCCUUUCCCAAAUGUUGUUGGCCAGAAUACCAAUGUGCAGAAUAUGCCUGGUUCACAGAACUCAGUAGAAGUAUUGGAAACUUUGAAAAGGCAUCUCCCUGUUUCUGGCCAAAAGGGAUUACAUGAAUUCAGGAAAAUUGCUAUAAGGCUUGAGGAAGAGACUUAUACUGCUGCCACAAGCCAGUCAGAUUAUCUACGAAAAAUAUCUCUGAAAAUGCUUACAAUGGAAACUAUGUCUCAGACAGGGCAAGCAAAUGGGGCUGAUUGGCAAGAGGAGGUCUAUCAAAAGAUCAAAACCAUGAAGGACUUGUACUUGCCUGAAAUAAGUGAAAUGUACCAGAAAAUUGCUGCUAAAUUGCAGCAGCAUGAUUCUCUUCCACAACAAUCAAAGUCAGAUCAGCUUGAGAAGUUGAAAGUAUUUAAGACUAUGUUGGAGCGUAUUAUAACAUUCUUACAGGUUUCCAAAAAUAAUAUAUCACCUGGUUACAAGGAGAAGUUGGGGUCAUAUGUGAAGCAGAUCGUAAAUUUUAUUAAAAUCAAAUCUAAUUAUUAACACAAAUCGGCCUAAGAAGCCUGCACUGCAGCAAGGACAGCUUCCUGUGCCUCAUAUGCAAACCAUGCAACAGCCACCUCAACUUGCUCAAAUUGAGUCUCAUGAAAAUCAAAUGAACCCUCAGUUGCAAUCAAUGAACUUACAAGGUUCUGUUCCAACAA